AUGUUGUGGCCUCGGGAGGAAUUCCAUGCUGCGUAUGGACAGAUUAAACACGAUGCCCUACAAUCGGGUGGUAGUUGCAGUGUGUUGAUCCUUGUUGCGCUAGAUGUAGAUGCAUUAUGUGCUGCUGAGAUUCUUACUCGUCUGUUACGUAUUGAUAUGUUGAGCUACUCGUUAUUGGCGGUCCGUGGCUAUGAAGACAUUGUGCAGGCCCGUGAGACGCGUAUUCGUAGUGUUGAUGGUACAAUUAAAGGCAAUGGGGAACUACGAUCAAUUAUCUUGUUGAAUUGCGGUGCAAUUGCAAACGUUGCAAAGCUUCUGGCACUACCCAUGCAUAUUAAAUGCUACGUACUGGAUAGCCAUCGUCCAGUUCAUUUAGCCAAUAUCUAUGAUGAACACCAACAGAUUGUGGUAUUUGAUGAUGGUGCAAUGUUAAUGGAGGAGUAUCCAGGCUUUGGUCCGGAUUUAGAAGUUGAGGACUUUGAAUUAGAAGAGGAUGAAGAAGAAGAAGAAGAAGAAGAAGAGGAGGAGGACGCUAAGAGUGAGAGUGAAGAAGAAGCAGAAGUGGAAUUUAGCAUGCACGAUUAUACAGAGGAUACAAAAAAAGAUAAGGAGAGUGAAGAGGUGGAUCAGAGGAAGAGAGAUCAUGAGACAGACAAUGAAGACAUGGAAUCGAGUCCAAAGAGGAGGAAGGAGGGAGAGAUAAAUGACAGGGAUGCUACGGCUGAUGAUGACAAGGUAGUGGAGGAAAAUGUGAUACUGGGCAAGCAACGUCGUCGGGAAGAGAUCUUGCGGUACUAUAGAGGGUCGUUUCAUGGCGCCCCAGCAGCUACGGUGGCGUUUGAACUGGCACAGCAAGUAAACAGUUCGCAGCGUGAUUUACUGUGGUUUGCUAUCAUUGGAUUGACCAAGCAGUUUGUGAUGGAGGAGAUCGAUACCGACAACUAUAAUCUCAUGGUUACACGAUUUCAGGAUGAGGUGCUUGCUGUUGAUACACCUACGCAUCGAACAAAUGGUGACGAAGAGCGACACCCGGGCUACGAUGACGGCAAGAUCAGCUUUGAGGAGGAAUAUCGCUUCAUGUGCUACCGCCACUGGUCGCUGUACGAAGCCAUGUACUACUCGGACUACGUGGCUUCAAAGCUUGGACUUUAUUACGAUCAAGCACGACGUGUGGGUGCGCGAAAUGCCACGGGAAGUAGUGGCAAUGGCAUGAAAGACACGACACUGCACAUUUUCCUUGCACGCAUGGGUUUUUCACUAAGACAAAGUCAGCAGAAGUUUUCGUACAUGCCCCUUGAGAUGAAGCAAAAGCUACGCGAGAAGACGCAGGAGAUGGCACCCGAGUUUGGCCUGGAUGAUCUAUUCUACGGCUCUUUUAAGCGUACCUUUGCGUUUCAGUAUCAAUUGUGCGCAACUGACGCUGUCUACGGACUUCAAGCACUGCUGGAGGCCCCUGAGAGCUACGUAGCAGCUGUAUUUGAGGCCGAAACGCAGCACCAGAGCACAUCGAUGAGUCUGUUUUCAUUAGAUUCUGUCAUGUCCUCCCGUACCACUAGCAUCAUUACAACAGGGAAAAACGGUGAAGAUGGAAAGGAGAAAGGGAAUGAAGUAAUUGAGGAGUCCUUUCAAGACGAUUUUCGCCAGCAGAACUUCAUGUUAGCGCACACAGCCCUCGCAUGUCGAUCGGUGACGUCUAGUAAGCUCAUGGAGAGUGGUAUCAAGGUAUCCAUGUCGAUUAAGCAGGCUAUUGUUCGGGUUGGUCUCUCAAUCAUGGAGCGGAAAUUACUAGUUCGUGUGAAGCACUUCCGCUACGUAUGCUUAAAUGUGCCUGAGCGUGAGCAGGAGCUCUUUACAAACGCCAAUGUCCUCACCCAAUUAGCUCUUUUCUUGCUCAAUGUGCACCGUGCGAGUGGCAAAUGGGGUAGUCCCAAGGCUUCAGCCCGGAGGAAACUACAGACUGAGGAUAGCGAAGAAGGCAAUACAGAGGAAGAAGCACCUGUGACGAACAAACCGAUUGUGCCGCUGGUGCUCAUAACGCGUAACCCGGCGCAGAACUGUUUUCUACUUGUUGGAUUAACCUGUCCAUCCACACCGGGCGAGAUUCACCGAAACACCCUAGGGACGGCAUUCAAGCUGGCCGCUGGCGAGACUGGAGCAAAUUUUCGACAGGAUGGCUUUACAAGUGCUGUAAUGGAAAUUCAGAUCGACGAGAUACAGUACUUUCUCGAGCAACUGCACAACGUACUUGAUGCAUAA